CCGCUAUUGAAGUGGCUGCAUGCCUAUACCACAAACUCUAGUCGACAGAAUGCACCUUCUCGCCGACAUCUCCUCCCCCACGAGAUAAUAUUGCGCAUACAGAUGGUGCAUUGUUCCGCUCGGAUGAUAUCCGCCUGCGUACACUCAAGGUCCGAGGUCGUGCACCGGAGCGAUCUCCAGCUCGCGCAUGCUGCUGGGCGCACAGGCGGCAUAGCUCACAGUUCUCAUGCAUGGCCCCCGCCUUCGCACUUACCACUUUGGUGGACCUGUUGGAGACGUUCGCUUCUGAUCUCUUAUUGCCGAUACUGACUGUACGGCAGAAGCCUUGCAAGGCAGUAUAUCAACUUACCGAUUACGCUUACACAGUAGGCAGCCUCAUACUAAGGUCGUGAGACUGCUCCGGAAGAUG